CGACGGGAACCACGUGAGUACCGCCAUAGCGCUAGUCGAGUGUGGCCGUGGCGAAAAUACCGCGUGAAAAUCAGCGCAAUUGGCCGUCGGCCGCGAAUUUCCUGGAAUCGGUACGAUGAGUACGUGUCCAGUCCAGCAGGAAUAGCUAGAGGUCCAGAGAUUGGACCUGCAGCUGCGCAACCCUACCUCGAGUCCAGAGACUCCUACGAUGCGUUAGACCAGGAACCCCGUUGCAAUGGUGACCUUGCCUAUAUGCCUAUUGUUUCUCAGUUGUGAGUGUGUGUUUUUGUGAAAUUUCGUGAGCAGUUUCUAGUGAGUCCUAGUUAUCGGCAUUCGCAAUGUAUUGGAGUAGCUGUGUUGGUCUACUUUCUUUUGCUUUUCUGCUUAUCGAAGUGCGAUGCCAGCGUUUUGGCGACAACACGCCCCCCUCCAUCUGGCUGGACUCGCGCAACUGGCAGCUGCGCGAGAACGAAACGGUGGGCAGCAGAGUGGCGCAGGCGCACGGCGACGAUCCCGACGGUGUGCCGCUCGUGUUUGGCCUCGAGCCAUACGAGUUCUACGGGGCGGGCGGCAGGGGCGGACGUCCGCCCCCGAGGCUGCCCUUUCGCAUCGACAACGAGACGGGGACGGUGUACCUCAACGAGUCGCUGCAAGGACGAGCCGGUCAGAACCUCCACUUCUGGGUAACGGUCUCGGAUGGUCAGCUGCCCGCCAAAACCGAGGUCAACGUCAACAUAAUCCCCUCUCGCUCGCGCUACAGCACCUCCGUAGCCAACCGACCCCCCAUCUUCCAGAACCCCUCCUUCCCGCGGCUGCCCCCCAUGCCCCAUCCCCAACCAGUCGCCUCCAUGAACCAAAACCCCUUGGUGAACUACCCCUCCUUGAACCAGCCGCCAUUGGUCAACUACCCCUCCUUCGUGCCCAAGCAGAGUUACAACGGGAACAGCUACGGUCAACAUCAGGGUCCAGCAGGUGGGAAGCCUGCUGUGAUGCCACAGCCUGUCAGGCCUGAAGCGCCAGGUACCAGAACCACAACCAUUCUGAAGCCUGUACCUGUGGAAACAAAACCUGCAGAUACCCCAUCUACGAAGGCUCCCACGACCUCCACUCACAAGCCGGUGGGGAUAGAACCUGAAGCCGUCGAUAAUGAUAUCGAAGAGAGGAAAAAAGUGCUGGAGUUGAAUAAGACAAUGAAGCCGCCUGAAGAGGUCGCUGCUACCGUUAUUCCGAUCGUGUCUAUCAUCGCGGUAUUUUUGACUAUUGGGAUUCUAGCUGUGAUAUUCCGGAAGAAAUUGCAUCUUGGGAAGCCUAAGGACACCAAGGAGGAUAUGAGGAAAGAUUCAUCUGGCAUGGUCAUUUCAGAUGCCACUGGUCUUGAUCUUAACGAAUGGAGGGGACCUAGAGCGUUCAGCAAUAGAUACGAACCAUGGCAAACAGACUACAAUCACACGCAGCUCGAGAAUCAGAUAUCAGCCCCCGUCAAAAACACGGACCGAUGGGAGUUUCCGAGACACCGGCUCAAAUUUUUCAAUAUUUUAGGAGAAGGAGCUUUCGGACAGGUCUGGAAAUGUGAAGCGUUGGACUUGGACGGAAAAGACACCGGAGUGACCGUAGUGGCAGUGAAAACCCUCAAAGAAAACGCUAACGAGAAAGAAAAAUCCGACCUCCUGACCGAGCUGCAAGUGAUGAAGAUGCUGGAGCCUCAUGCCAACGUCGUUAGACUGCUGGGCUGCUGCACGGAAAAGGAGCCCAUCUUCCUCGUCAUGGAGUACGUGUCAAUGGGCAAGCUGCAGAGCUACCUGCGCAGUUCGAGGGCAGAGAGGUACUACAACAACAUGCACGGGCAGAGCAGGUCACUGACGUCCAGAGAUCUGACGUCGUUCGUGUAUCAGGUAGCCAAAGGGAUGGAGUACCUUUACGAGAUCGGGAUAAUACAUCGUGAUCUGGCGGCCCGCAAUAUUCUCAUUACCGAGGAGCACACCUGCAAAGUAGCGGAUUUUGGCUUCGCCAGGGAUGUGAUAGCUUCGCAUGUGUACGAGAGGAAGAGUGAAGGGAGGUUACCUAUCAGGUGGAUGGCUCCUGAAUCACUCUAUGACAACAUCUUCACCGUGAAGUCUGACGUCUGGAGUUUCGGCGUUCUAAUAUGGGAAGUGGUGACCUUGGGAAGUACACCGUAUCCAGGAAUGUCGGCUGUGGAAGUUAUGAAGAAGGUUCGCGAUGGAUACCGAUUGGACAAACCCGAACACUGCCGAAGAGAACUCUACAAUAUAAUGUACUACUGCUGGGAUAAGGACCCCAAAGAAAGACCAUCGUUUUGCGAAUGCGUAGAACUUUUAGAAAAAUUGUUGCUGAGUGAAACUGACUACAUCGAACUGGAGAGGUUUCCCGAUCACUCCUACUAUAACAUGAUGGGAAUGAGCGGGGAAAAAUUAUGAUGAUUGAUUAUUGUGAAGUGUGAAAAGUGUAUAUAUUUUGUAUAGAAGACUGAUGUACGUACUUUGUAUUAUUAUAUAUGUUUUGUAUCGAACAGCGA